AUGGCAAAGGGCUCACUGUUUCGUUUGUUGGUUGCUUUAACGAUUUGUCUGUCAUUUGCAGGAUCAGAACUUGUUGAAGAAUUUCAGCAACCGUCCGUGGAAAACAUCGACAGCAACAAAGUAUUCCUGGAACACCAGUCUUCCAGCGGCAUACAUUAUAAGAGGGAGGAAAUUCUUUCACACUGGCCUCACCAAAGAGUCUGUUCUAUAAAGUGUCUUAGAAGCCAUUAUCAUCCAGUCUGUGGGUCAGACGGCGUCACUUACUCGAGUCCUUGUAUGGCCAAUUGUCUCGGUGUAGGGGAGGAGUGUAAUCGCCCGUGCCCCUGUCACCCUCAUUCCAUGUGUAACUGUGGAGGAGAGGUAGACCCAGUCUGUGGAACUGAUGGCGUCACCUACAGGAAUCCUUGCUGGGCCAAGUGUGGGUUUGCAAAUGUAGAAUGCACUGGACUGUGUCCUUGUGAACCAACGACAACUCCUACAACGCCCCCUGGCUGCAAGUGCCCGCCAAUCACCAGUCUUGUCUGUGGUUCUGAUGACGUCACAUAUGGAGGAGAGUGCAUGGCAAACUGCAGCGGUGUAUCUGUCCAGUGUGAGGGCGCCUGUCCUUGUCCAGCCCCCUGUGUGUGUCCAUUAAAUAUUGACCCCGUUUGUACUACUACUAACAAGACCAUCGUUAACGAAUGUACCGCCUCUUGCUUGGAAGAGGAAAUUGCGUGUAAUGGGAGUUGUCCAUGCGUGAAGCAAUGUCCAUGUCCAAGAAUAUACAAUCCUGUAUGUGGAACAGAUGGCGUUACAUACGCCAAUCCGUGUCUAGCACAAUGUCAGGAGGUACCGGCAGCCUGCCCCGGGGAGUGCCCCUGCCCUGCCCCCUGUAACUGUUCGGAUACCCUUGAACCUGUGUGUAGUACCAGAGGACAAAAUUACACCAAUGCAUGCGAAGCAGCCUGCGAUACAGCAACCAUUGCCUGUGAUGGUACAUGUCCGUGCACGGAGCUCUGUGUGUGUACUUUGGAGUUUGCCCCUGUUUGCGGCACCAACAAUGUGACUUACCCCAAUAAAUGUCAAGCCAAAUGUCUGAAUGUGAGCGUGUCCUGUCAGAAUGAGUGUCCGUGCUGUGACUGUGAGGGGUACCCCGAGUCCCUCAUCUGUGGCUCCGACGGUCUCGUCUACCUCAACCCCUGCCAACUGGAGUGUGCGGGUGUGACGCAGGCGUGUCCUGGCCUCUGUCCCUGCCCUGAAGAAGCAGAACAGGGGAAAUCAAGCAUUGUCCAUUCUAGCAACGACAAAGAAGAGUCCGACAGUGACCAAUCAUUACUCUCUAUGCUUACUUCCCUUUGGCGCAAUAUUCCAACCGAAAAUUGACCAAUAUAGAUCCACCGAUUUCUUGCUUGACAAUUUCUUUGACAACUUCUAUUAAUCCUAUAGAUAAAUAUUUUGCUUCUUUCAUGGAAUAUUCACCAUCCCCAUCCAUCCACCUAAUAUUAACACUGUAGUCAAUGCAAAACACAGUGUAAUAGAGUACAUUAAUAGCCUUCAAGGACAGCUAGGAUCACUUUAAUGGUCAAAAUUUCAUUAUUUUAUUCAUACAUUUUGUAGUUGUGAAAAAGUAACUUUGUAACAUGCUUACAAGUAUUAACUAUAAACCUAUUCGCUAAAAAUACACUAAAAGUGUAAUUUUAAAAAAUUGACAUAAAAGCGAAAGUCAAAAUAUUUUGUUUAGAGAACUUCAAUACACUCAGUAAAACCUAUAUAAAGAAAUAAUCUUUCAUUCAAUUCUUUAUUUCAUUUCAUCAUAUCUAUUUUGGUACAAAUGUGUUUCCUUCCACCACCAACCCCCUUUCUACACCAGCUUACAAAUAGACAGUGUGUAUGUAUUAUAAACUGACAUCAAUAAAGCAUUAAAUGAUUAUAAUAAA